ACUCGGGAUCAAUAAUUAUAAUCUGUAUAUUAAUUAACGACCAAGGUUGCUUGCUACAGGAUAAAUUAUUAUGAAGUUAUAGAUUUUUAAGCAUAUUAAAAAGAUCUCUCAACUUUUGAAAAAGAUUGUUGUUGCGUGCUUUCCCGGAGACCCAGAGGGUGGGGGUGGGGCACUGAGAUUCGAUACAGAUUCGAGUCAAACUUGCUGGCUUGAAAGGGCCCGAGUGUGUACUCUGCUCCGGCAAGAGUUAACUAUGAGGCAUGGGUGCGGGAGAUGGGAGCUGUCAGUUACCCAGUGGGGAGCCAAUGGGCUCCGGCCUUUGAUUGACUUCCUCGUUGGGUUCCCCCACGCUCGAGGUUUGGAGUUUAAUGAAAUAAAAUGCAAAAAUGCGGCGUGGGGCUCCACCUCUAGCCUUGCGAUUGGUCGGGGCCGCCGUGACGCCAAUGCCUUCAGGCUGCUAGGAACCUCGGCGUGGCUUGCAAUUGGUCCUAGGAGGUGCCAGUCAUUGACCUCCCUGGUGACCUGCUUUACCUAAGCUUUGUUGUCAAAGAGCGAAGCUGUUCCCGUAGGCAGGUUAUUAUUACUGAGGGAUUCGUGGAGCCAUGGCCACGGCAGCCUCCAACCUCUACAUGCCGAGCAGUAGCAUCCUCACAUCCAACUCCAUCGUCCCCACCGACUCAUCGAGCAUGCAGCAGGCGGGCACCUUCCGGGGCCACCAGAAACUCAUCCAAAGUGACUAUCUGCAGGGACUGUCCAGCAACGGGCACCCCCUCUCUCACCAGUGGGUGACGGCUUUACCUGAAGGCAGCCCGUGGUCCGCGGCCAUUUCUCCAAGUCCCCUGAGCCAGCAAGACGUGAAGCCUGGCAGGGAAGAUCUUCACGCUGGCACCAGCCUGCACCACCGCUCUCCACACAUUGCCCAUCACUCUCCGCACACCAACCACCCGAGCGCAUGGGGCACGGCUGCGGCUCACAACUCGUCCAUAACCUCGGCCGGACAGCCUCUCAACAUCUACUCCCAGCCCGCCUUCACAGUCAACGGCAUGUUGGACCACGUCGGACCGCCGCCACCGUCGGGAGCCGUGGGCCAGUCAAUGCACCCGGGUCUGAGGGACAGCGCCGAGCACGGAGAACUGGCUCACCACCACUGUCACGACCACUCGGACGAGGAAACCCCCACAUCUGAUGAGCUGGAACAAUUUGCAAAGCAGUUCAAGCAGCGGCGGAUCAAGCUGGGCUUCACCCAGGCAGAUGUGGGACUGGCAUUGGGAACCUUGUACGGAAACGUCUUCUCACAGACAACCAUCUGCAGGUUUGAAGCCCUGCAGCUCAGUUUUAAGAACAUGUGCAAACUUAAGCCCCUGUUGAACAAGUGGCUGGAGGAAGCGGACUCUACCACGGGCAGUCCAACCAGCAUCGACAAGAUAGCGGCGCAGGGAAGGAAGCGAAAGAAGCGGACUUCCAUAGAGGUGAGUGUGAAAGGUGCUUUAGAGACCCAUUUCCUCAAAUGUCCCAAACCUGCGGCCCAAGAGAUUUCAAGUCUAGCCGACAGUUUGCAAUUAGAGAAAGAAGUCGUUCGGGUCUGGUUUUGUAACAGAAGACAAAAAGAAAAAAGAAUGACCCCGCCUGGGGUGCAUCAACAGGACGAAGUGUUUUCGCAUAGUGUUGAUUCAGAGACGCCGUCACAUCACGAUCUUUAACAAGGACCCGUGACAGUGGUCACUUCUGGCACUCGCCUGACCCCGGACUGAGAAAGCGAUGGGAAACGCCUUUCCCCCCUUCUUCUUCCUAAAUUAUAUAUUUGACUGUCACAUUGAGGGAGGAGGCAGAGGAAAAGUUCUAUAUCGGAUAAAAGGAAGUCUGCAAGCAGGCGGUAUUCGUAAAACGUGUACAGUUAGCAGUCGUGUUGACAUUUUCCGCAUCUGUGGUGAAGAGAGCGUAAUCAAGGACAUGGUUUUACCGCAAGUGUGGUUAAUUGUUUCGUUCAGACAAGGAUUGCAAUCCGACUGUGUGCCUAACACCUAACAGCGCCUUGUUAUCUCGGCUAUAUCAGGUGAAUUUGUUCUCAUGGACGGUGUCACUCUUUUCUCCCUCCCCCGCAACGUUUACUUUACUACCUGGUUAUGAGCAGAAAGGUCUGAUGUCAAAGCCUGCACUGUUACCCUGUACUGAACCGAUCCAUGGGAAAUGAGGACAAAUACUUUGGCCAAGAAUCUACGUUAAGAUAAAAAUAAUAAGCCGAUAAAAUCGGAAUAUCUCGCAGCUUAUUUCUAAAUUAUCCACUCUAAAUAAAUAAGACUUGCCCGAAGUUUUGUUUAAAGGGAUUUUUUUUCUCUCUCUCUUUCUCCGUGGGGUCCCAGUUACAAAAACACUAACACUGCCGGCCGGGCAAAACCGCUGAUAAAAGACACACAUUUUUCACAACUAUCAUUUUCUUACAUUACCGGCCACCGAUUCUGCUAAUGGGAGUUUUAAAGUGAGUUCUCAAAAAGCUGCCAUUUUUAGAGAGGGGGAGGUGAGGGGAAAAACACUUUUUAAAUUUAAAAGAAAAGGACGGAUCAGUUACUGAUCCGAAAUAUAAAAUAUUUUCUUUAAAUGUUUCUUUUUUCAACAAUUAUAUUUGGAGGCUGCGAACAGUAAUUUAUUUUCCUCAAAUUUUGUAUUAUGUUUUUAAAAGACAGAAUCACGCGUUAAAAAGCAGUAAAAUGUUUGUUGGUUAAUAAAUUAUAUAUUUGAUGUCAAAUUUGAUUGUAACCCGAUUUAAGUUUGUGAUUUGGUGACGACAAUUUCAUUUUGGUGUACAGAAAAUCAGAUCUGUUCAA